CUGCUUGUCACACAUUGUUUACUACGGCUUGAAAUGUGACUCACAUCUGAGGCUUAUCUGCGGGAGUGCAGCUCUGACAAAACCAGGGGAUUCUUUUUGACGCGCAGCCUUGCGUCCUGGUUAUUUGGGGGAGAAGCUGUGGAGACUAUCCUUUCUGCCAUGACAGUGGAUUUGUUUGCGUUUUUAUGCGUUCUGGUCAUCACAUCCUCUGCGAUGGAAGAGACUUUGAUGGACACUCGGGUGGCCACAGCAGAACUUGGGUGGACAGCGUAUCCUAAUUCUGGGUGGGAGGAGGUGAGUGGCUAUGACGAAAACCUCAACACCAUCAGGACCUACCAGGUGUGUAAUGUCUUCGAACCCAGUCAAAACAACUGGCUCCUUACCACCUUCAUUGAUCGUCGUGGAGCACAGCGCAUCUACGUGGAGAUACGUUUUACCGUGCGCGACUGCAGCUCCAUCCCCAAUGUCCCCGGCUCUUGCAAGGAGACUUUUAAUCUGUACUACUAUGAAACUGAUGCUGUUAUUGCCACCAAAGGCACAGCCUUCUGGAUGGAGGCGCCUUACCUCAAGGUGGAUACCAUUGCUGCAGACGAGAGCUUUUCCCAGGUGGACUUUGGUGGACGCCUGAUGAAGGUCAACACAGAGGUGCGCAGCUUUGGUCCGCUGUCCAAAAACGGCUUCUACCUGGCCUUUCAGGACUAUGGGGCCUGCAUGUCUCUGCUGUCAGUCAGGGUGUUUUAUAAGAAGUGCCCAAGUGUGGUCCAGAACUUUGCAGUCUUUCCAGAGACCAUGACAGGGGCGGAGAGCACCUCCCUGGUCAUCGCCAGAGGUAAUUGCAUCCCCAACUCAGAGGAAGUAGAUGUCCCUAUAAAGCUCUACUGCAACGGGGAUGGAGAGUGGAUGGUUCCCAUUGGUAGCUGCACCUGCAAGGCUGGGUUUGAACCUGACAAUGGCAACAUCUGCCGAGCAUGUCCACCAGGUACGUUCAAAUCCACGCAGGGUUCAAGUCUUUGUCUGCAGUGCCCUCCCAACAGCCGCUCCACAGCUGAGGCUGCCACUGUUUGUGUGUGCCGCAAUGGCUACUACCGUGGGGAUGCUGAUCAACCAGACGAACCUUGCACCAGUGUCCCAUCCAGUCCAAGAAAUGUGAUCUCCAUUGUGAAUGAGACCUCGGUAAUCCUGGAGUGGCAUGCUCCCAGGGAGACAGGUGGUCGGGAUGACGUUGUCUACAAUAUAGUGUGUAAGAAGUGCCGGGCUGACAGACGCUCCUGUUCCCACUGUGAUGACAACGUGGACUUUGUUCCUCGACAGCUGGGUCUGACAGAGACCAGGGUCUUCAUCAGCAACUUAUGGGCUCACACCCUCUACAGUUUUGAGAUACAGGCUGUCAAUGGUGUGAGCAAUAAGAGCCCGUACCCUGCACAACAUGUCACCAUAGACAUCACCACCAACCAGGCCGCCCCAUCAAUAGUUCCCAUCAUGCAUCAAAUCAGCUCCACCAUGAAUAGCUUCACACUCUCCUGGCCUCAGCCAGAGCAACCCAAUGGCAUCAUCCUUGACUAUGAGCUGCGCUACUAUGAGAAGGACCAUGCAGAGAUUAACUCCACGAUCCUCCGUAGCCAAACUAAUACUGCUCGUGUGGAGGGCCUCAGGCCGGGGACGGUCUACGUCGUACAGGUGCGCGCACGGACUGUGGCUGGCUUUGGCAAAUACAGCAGCAAGAUGUGCUUCCAGACCCUCACAGAUGAUGACUUCAAGUCUGAGCUGAGGGAACAGCUGCCUCUGAUUGCAGGGUCGGCAGCAGCCGGAGUGGUCUUCAUUGUUUCUCUUAUUGCCAUCUCCAUCGUGUGCAGCAGGAAAAGAGCGUACACCAAGGAGGCUGUGUACAGUGACAAGUUACAGCAUUACAGCACAGGAAGAGAACUCUCUUUGCGAGCCGACAUGUCUAACUGCCCCUCCCCACUGGGCUGCCCGACCCACUUCUCAGGCUCCCCGGGAAUGAAGAUCUACAUUGAUCCCUUCACCUACGAGGACCCCAACGAAGCUGUGCGGGAAUUUGCCAAGGAGAUCGACGUCUCCACUGUCAAGAUAGAGGAGGUCAUUGGUGCAGGUGAAUUUGGGGAAGUGUACAAGGGCCGCUUGAAGCUACCGGGUAAAAGAGAGAUCUAUGUCGCCAUCAAGACCCUGAAGGCUGGCUAUGUGGACAAGCAGCGGAGAGACUUCUUGUCUGAGGCAUCAAUUAUGGGCCAGUUUGAUCAUCCAAACAUUAUCCGUUUGGAGGGUGUAGUCACAAAGAGCCGACCAGUCAUGAUCCUUACAGAGUUUAUGGAGAACGGUGCCCUUGACUCAUUCCUCAGGCAAAACGACGGGCAGUUCACGGUGAUCCAGUUGGUGGGAAUGAUGCGGGGAAUUUCAGCGGGGAUGAAAUAUCUCUCCGAAAUGAAUUACGUUCAUCGUGAUCUGGCUGCGCGAAACAUUCUCGUCAAUAGCAACCUGGUGUGUAAAGUAUCCGAUUUUGGCCUGUCACGCUAUCUACAGGACGACACAUCUGAUCCCAGCUACACCAGCUCUCUGGGAGGGAAGAUACCAGUGAGGUGGACAGCGCCAGAGGCCAUUGCUUACCGAAAAUUCACGUCGGCCAGUGAUGUGUGGAGUUACGGCAUCGUGAUGUGGGAGGUGAUGUCAUUUGGAGAGCGGCCUUACUGGGACAUGUCCAACCAGGACGUGAUCAAUGCUAUUGAGCAGGACUACCGUUUGCCACCACCCAUGGACUGCCCCAGUGCCUUGCACCAGUUGAUGCUGGACUGUUGGCAGAAAGACCGUAAUGUACGACCUCGCUUUGCAGACAUUGUCGGUACCCUGGACAAGAUGAUCCGUAACCCGACCAGCCUCAAAGCCGUAGCCAGUAUUCCUGCAGUGCCUACUCAGCCGCUGUUGGACAGAUCCAUACCUGACUUCAACACCUUCAGUUCGGUAGAAGACUGGCUCGCUGCCAUCAAGAUGAGCCAGUACAGAGACAACUUCCUCAACUCAGGCUUUACCUCCCUGCAGCUUGUGGCUCAAAUGACCUCAGAGGACUUGCUGAGAAUAGGAGUGACCCUGGCUGGCCACCAGAAGAAGAUUCUCAAUAAUAUCCAAUCCAUGAGGGUGCAGAUAAGCCAGUCACCGACCACUAUGGCAUGACUACAUGGGGCGCUGUGCCACGGAACGGGCAGCAUUCGACGGACCAACAACAGCAGCCCUCGAAUGACCCUCGAUCCAUCGGAACGCGCCAGAGUCGAGACUAUUGUCUUAAUCUAACCCACUAUCACAGCAACAGGAGACCAGGGUCUAAACUACCACAUGUUUCAGAACGUUCACACUUCAUGUAAUCCACGGCAGGCAUCCAGGGUCCAAACCCAGUACGUGUUCCUCCAUUUAACAAAAAAGGAGAUGGACAUCAAUUGUUGUGGUGAUGAACUACAUUCGUGCCAACAUAAACAAAAUAAGUCCACACUGUCAGACAUCAACACAACUUAACACUUCACAAAUUCUGACUGUGUGGUAAAAUGAGUGACAUUGUACUUUGAUAUUUUUUGGAAAAGAAAAUGUUAAAAUUGUAAACACAAGUGUGAGACAUUUAGAAACCUGUGACCUGUGAUUUUAACCCAUACCGUAGUCAGUAUGUGCAAUGAAAGUAAACUUGUCUUGGCGAAAACGAAGACGCGAUUAGCAGUAGGAAUAAUUGGAGGCAGAAGAAUACAGGGAUGUACAGUGGAGCACCAUUUUCAACUUUCACAUCACCUUUUGCUUGUUUAAAGAUUUUUAAAAAAUGUAUCGUAAAUUAACUAAUGGAAAUUCAGAGCUUAGUUAUAUUUUGUCUUUUACCAAGUGUUUGUUUUGCCACUAUAGCAAGACUCUGCCCACUUGUAUUUUAACUUUAACACUACCUGUGGAGGUCCAGUUGGGAGACCUUGCCAAAGUACUUCUUAACCACCUCCACCCAGAUUCAGAGAAUAUGAAUAUGUUUAUCUCUUGCUAAAUAUGAUUAUGUUUCAUAAUAAACCUUCAUAUUGAAGGUGUUAUAUAUGAAUAUGUAUGUACAUAUGUCUCUGCUUGCAUUUUUGGCAAAGGAGCGUUGACUAGAUUGUGAUAGACACAUGCAAUGUGUAGUUUCCUGCGAUGCCCUGGUUUCCAUUCGACAACAGAACAAUGGACAAUUAGUCGUAUGUCUCCAGGUUCCUGGAGGGAGGAUUCUGGACUGAAUCUUUACCGGAGAAAAUGCUAUGUGAACCAUGGGUGAAGAACUGUUAUUGUAGAACUGUAUAAAAAAUUGCUGUAGGAGUUAAACAAUUGAAAAAUAUCAAUUUACUGGAGAUCAGUUUAAAUAUGGAUGUAGACACACCAUCUCUUGUAGGUGAGCACUUAUAUGUACAGAUAUGUUUUAUGUUCUGUUUGCUUUUUGACUUGUCGUAUGUGUUGAGAACAGUCCCUAUCCAGAGGACAAUGAAGCACCGCGUCUUGGCUGACUGGAAUGGUAAGCGCCAGCUGAUCACACUGGGAAAAAACCACAACUUAACAUCCAAAACUCUGUUGCUGGUUGAUUUAAUUUCAGGCAAAUCCAAUUACAGUUUCUCAAGGGCGUUCCGCAUGUUUUUUGGCCACGGCAAGAUUUCUCUGCGAGUUUGAAAUGCAUGGGGGACCAGCUAAUCAAGGCAUCGGAAAUCAGGGAGAAUCAGCAUCACUUUUUGACACUGAAAAGUCAUAUCUGGACUGAGGUUUUGCCAGCAGGGAUCUAUUGAAGUUUUAUUAAAUACACAGACACACACUUCAUCCCAUAGGCUUGUGUAUUUAGGCUGCUGAUGUUAUUCAAGUUCCAUCACUAUAUGCAGUUGCCAUAUGGAUAAGCAAGUUGAAGCCAAAAGCCAUGCUGCUGAAGAGUUUCACACAUGCAUAAAAUUGCCAACAUAAGUCCCAAAGGAUGUCAUGGAUGGCAGCUUGUAAAAUUACUCCUCAGUUUUAUGGAAUAUACUUGGAGCAUAGUUGUGGUUUGUCCACAUGGAUGAUUCCUCCUCCUCUAUGUCUGUUAAUGGGGCUUUUUGAUUGCAGUUUAAUUGGACUGCUCAAAGUGAUGCUGCUUGAUAACAAGUACUACCAUUUAUUUUUAUUGUUAUGACUAUUCCUUUGCUGGUCAUUGACAUGAGACACAUACAUUGUGUAAACAAAAUAUAUGUUGUUGUACAAAAUCCUGUGUUACUAUUUAUGUCAAACGAAACAACCCUUAACUGAAUGUUCCUUUGCUAAUAUUAAUUCCACAUACAUCCAGGACAGUGAAAUCUUUCAGCUCACUCUUUUGAUGAAUUCUUCUAGUAUCUGUUCUUUACAGCAGCUGUGGCCCCACUUAAAUCCCCUUUGGCUCCAUUUGGAGAGAUAUGAAUGACGAUAGUUCUACCUUGCAUCUAAAAUUAGAAAUUGAUGGCAGGCCCAUUAGUAGAUUAUUAACUACACUCACCCCUCUCGUCAUGCUCCUCCUCCUUCUCUUUCUCCACUGUCUGUCCUGCCCUCUCCAUACUCCUACGCGCUGGCACAUCUCCAGCUCGUUUAUCCUGGGUGCAACCAAGCUGUCCCGGGCUCUGUCUGGAGAUGGGUUAGGCCAGGGCUGGCCAGAGAAAUAGUUGGCUCCAUGCUUCAGUGGACCCAGUCAGGGUGCAAACACCUGCUUAGACCCCUGUCUGACAGGCAUCUGAUCAACCAAAGGGAAAGAGACUGAUGGGACCUUCCAAACAGACAUGCACAUACACCCACACACUCGGGAGCCUUCCAUUAUGUUAUUCUCAAGUAUGGUUUCCAGUCUGAUGCUUAAUGAAGACAAAGUGGGCCGAGACUUGACAGAGAGUGUAUGUGUGACUGAAAGAGGAGUAGGAUGUCAAUUCCAGGACGGUGGGCUUGAAGGGAAGCAAUGACAUUAAGACAGGAUGGUUAAGUGAAAGUCAAAAAGUUACUUACGUGGUUUAUGUUGCAACAGCUCGUUCAUUAUGUAAAUGCUCAUUUCUUUAUAUUUUAUAUAUUGUUAUAUUGAGUAAGAGAAAAUACUGUAAUCAAGCAACUCAUUCACUUUUUGAGCAAAAUCAAUUACUUUUUCUUUUGAUUCCCCCGAUCACUGAUUUAAUAACCAAAUAUAAUCACGUUCCUUAAUGCAGACAUAGAUACCUUUCACCGAAUCUGUUUAAUCACUCUGAAUGUAUUAGUCCUCUAUUCAGCUGAACGUAUUUGCUUUUCAGCCCAUGAGAGCCGUUGAAGGAGAUGGUGAAUGUAUUCAUUAUGGAACAGUGCAAUUCAUUUAUCCCGAUUUGCUCUGUUUGUCUUUGUAAAUAUGUUAUUGUAAUGAUACUCCACUGUGAUGAAUGGAGAGGAGGUGCACCGUCCCUCACCGAAAGCUGGAGAAGCUAUUCAUCACACACUGAUACAAAACACAAGAACCGAGCUUGUUAAAUGUUUCAUGGUGCCGUAACUGCCUGAAGAGUGAACAACGACCCGUUUAGUAACUGAAAUCAUGCCUGUCAUUUAUGGAUCAGAGCAGUGGAAGUUGUGUCCACCUAAAAAUGACCUGAUGUGCAUCCCUGCCAAAAUACACUCAUUAAACUGCUGCAUUUUCUCCCCUCCACCCUACCCCCACCCCCCAUUUCUG